GAUCAGUAGAAUACAACAUGAGGAGCAUGGCUAUAAUCCCAAGCACUUGUAUUGUUGUUAUUCAGUUUGUCUUCCUCAUCUCCUUACUUUCUUUCAAGGUUACAUCCUCAUCCAGAACAGAGGCAGAAGCUCUCAUCCAGUGGAAGAACAGCUUGUCUUCUUCCCCCUCUCUCAAUUCAUCGUGGGCUCUCACCAACAUUGAAAACCUUUGCAGCUGGACGGGCGUUGUGUGUGGCACCACCGGAACUGUCUCCGAGAUCAACCUCUCCCAGGCCAACCUCAAAGGAACGAUUGCCCAGUUUGAUUUUGGUUCGUUUCCUAAUCUCACCCGCUUCAAUCUCAGCAUCAACAACCUCAACGGGUUGAUACCAUCCACAGUUGCCAACCUAUCCAAGCUCACUUUCUUGGAUUUAAGCAACAACCUUUUUGAGGGCAACAUCCCUUGGGAGAUUGGACAGCUGAAGGAGCUUCAGUAUCUUAGCUUUUACAACAACUGUCUCAAUGGCACCAUCCCCUACCAAAUUACCAAUCUUCAAAAGAUAUGGUACUUACACCUUGGAUGGAACUACUUGAAGUCUCCGGACUGGUCCAAGUUUUCGACCAUGCCUCUGUUGACACACCUAGACUUCAACUUCAAUGAACUUGCAUCAGUGUUCCCGGGGUUCAUAACUGACUGCCGGAACCUGACAUACCUCGACUUGUCGUGGAAUCACUUGACUGGUCCGAUACCAGAGUCACUAUUUCGCAAUUCGGGGAAACUUGAAUUCCUCAAUCUUGCUCAGAAUUUAUUUGAAGGCAAGAUUUCUUCUUCCAUAGGUCAACUCAGAAACCUUCAGAAACUCAAUCUCCAUGGCAAUGGCCUCAAUUCUACAAUUCCGGGGGAGCUUGGGCAUUGUUCUAACCUCACCUUCUUGUCUCUAGCUGAGAACUUACUUGCUGGAGUGCUGCCUUUGUCCUUGACCAAUCUUAACAAGAUAUCAGAGUUGGGCUUGCCUGGAAAUUCAUUAUCUGGUGAGAUCUCCCCAUAUUUCUUCACCAAUUGGACUGAAUUGAUAUCUUUGCAACUUCAGCACAAUCUCUUCUUUGGAAAAAUUCCAUCUGAAAUUGGCCUUUUGAAAAAGCUGAAUGUCCUUUUCCUUUAUAAUAAUAAGCUCAAUGGCUCAAUCCCCUCGGAGACUGGGAACUUGAGAGAGUUGUCUUCCUUAGACCUUUCGCGAAACCAGCUCUCAGGUCCAAUUCCUCCAACAAUAUGCAAGCUCACCAAGCUUACUCUCUUACAGCUUUUCUACAACAAUCUUAGUGGAACAAUUCCUCCAGAGAUUGGUAAUAUGAGCUCGCUGGUUAUCCUCAAUCUCAACACCAACAAUUUGGAAGGAGAGCUACCAGAGACUGGGAACUUGAGAGAGUUGUCUUCCUUAGACCUUUCGGGAAACCAGCUCUCAGGUCCAAUUCCUCCAACAAUGUGCAAGCUCACCAAGCUUACUCUCUUACAGCUUUUCUACAACAAUCUUAGUGGAACAAUUCCUCCAGAGAUUGGUAAUAUGAGCUCGCUGGUUAUCCUCAAUCUCAACACCAACAAUUUGGAAGGAGAGCUACCAGAGACUGGGAACUUGAGAGAGUUGUCUUCCUUAGACCUUUCGGGAAACCAGCUCUCAGGUCCAAUUCCUCCAACAAUGUGCAAGCUCACCAAGCUUACUCUCUUACAGCUUUUCUACAACAAUCUUAGUGGAACAAUUCCUCCAGAGAUUGGUAAUAUGAGCUCGCUGGUUAUCCUCGAUCUCCACACCAACAAUUUGGAAGGAGAGCUACCAGAGACCAUGUCACUUCUCAAUAAUCUAGAGAGACUCUCUCUAUUCACCAAUAAUUUCUCGGGCACUGUUCCAAGGGAACUGGGGAAAAACAACCUCAACUUGAAGAAUGUAGGCUUUUCUGACAACAGCUUCGCAGGAGAACUGCCGCCUGGACUAUGUAAUAGUUUCACUCUUCAACUGUUAACAGUAAACGGCAACAGCUUUACCGGGCAAUUACCAGAUUGCUUGAGGAAUUGCUCGAGCCUACAUCGUGUCCGUCUUGAAGGGAACCACUUCACUGGGGACAUUUCCAAGGCAUUUGGAGUCCAUCCAAAUCUCAGUUUUAUUUCUCUGAGCGGCAACCAAUUUUCAGGCGAGCUGUCACCUGAGUGGGGAGAAUGCCAGGGCCUCACUAAAUUACAGAUGGAUGGAAAUAAAAUCUCUCGUAAAAUCCCAUCUGAGCUUGGGAAGUUGUCUCAAUUGCAGGUCCUAAGUCUGGAUUCCAAUGAAUUUACUGGGGAAAUUCCAAUGGAACUGACGAAACUAAGCCUGUUGUUCAACCUCAGCUUGAGCAAAAACUUUUUCACAGGAAAGAUCCCUCAGAGUAUAGGCACUUUAUCUAAUCUCCGGUAUCUCAAUUUAGCGGAAAAUAAACUCAGUGGAAGCAUACCAAAAGAGCUUGGGAAUUGUGAGCUCUUGGACAGCUUGGACUUAAGCCACAACGCUUUGUCAGGUGAAAUACCAUCAGAGCUCGGAAACUUGGUCAAUUUGCAGUAUCUUUUGGACCUCAGCAGCAAUUCACUCUCAAGAACAAUCCCUUCAAACCUGGGAAAGCUUGUGAGAUUGGAGAGCCUCAAUCUCUCUCGAAACAAUCUUAUGGGGAAAAUCCCAUCAUCAUUUUCAAGCAUGCUCAGUCUAAAUUCCAUUGAUUUCUCAUACAAUCAGUUGACUGGUCAGAUUCCAAGUAGCAAUAUUUUCAAGAAGGCAGCCUAUACUGGAAACUCAGGUUUGUGUGGAUAUGCAGAAGGAUUGAAUCCUUGUUAUUCAACUUCCCCCAGCAGCAAGCCCUCCAAGUUGAACAAAAAGGUUCUUAUUGGUGUCCUUGUUCCUACUUGUGGGCUCUUGUUUUUGGCAUUCAUUGUUGCUGUAAUUGUAAUCCUCCAUCCACGAUCCAAACACUCUGAUGAAGAGACUGAAAGUACAGAAAAGUAUGAUGCUGAGGAGUGGUUAAUUUGGAAAAGACGAGGAAUAUUCACAUUUGAGGAUAUUGUGAAGGCCACCGAAGACUUCAGUGAGAAGAACUGCAUCGGAAAGGGAGGAUUCGGGAGAGUUUACAAAGCUGUGUUGCCACAGGGUCAGACAGUUGCAGUUAAAAGACUCAAUAUGUCAGACUCAAGCAACAUUCCAACAACAAAUCGGCUGAGUUUUAAGAAUGAGAUCGAAAUCCUGACAGAAGUUCAGCACCGAAAUAUCAUUAAGCUUUUUGGGUUCUGUUCCAGGAAGGGGAUCAUGUACUUGGUUUAUAAAUAUAUAGAGAGAGGCAGUUUGGGGAAAGUGUUGUAUGGGGAAGAGGGGAAGAUGGAGCUAAGCUGGGCCACAAGGGUUAAGAUUGUGCAAGGCGUGGCCCAUGCAAUUGCUUACUUGCACCAUGACUGCUCUCCGCCCAUUGUCCACCGUGAUGUAACUCUGAAUAACAUUUUGCUUGACUCAGAGUUUGAGCCACGGCUCUCAGACUUUGGAACUGCAAGACUGUUGUACCCGGACUCAUCCAACUGGACUGCAGCAGCUGGGUCUUAUGGCUACAUGGCUCCAGAGCUUGCGUUUACAAUGUGCAUCACAGAUAAAUGUGAUGUCUACAGCUUUGGAGUGGUGGCACUGGAAGUAAUGAUGGGGAGGCAUCCAGGGGAGCUCCUAGUUUCACUACCAUCAUCAGCACUAUCUGAUGAUCCUGGUUUGCUUCUGAAGGAUGUGCUGGAUCAGAGACUUCCAAUGCCCACAGGGCAAUUAGCAGAAGAAGUAGUGUUUGUAGUCAAUGUAGCCAUAGCAUGCACGCAUGCGGCUCCAGAGUCACGACCCACCAUGCGUUUUGUGGCAAAAGAACUAUCAGCUCAACCGAGGCUCCCCCAUUCGGAGCCUUUCCCCAGGUAACCCUUAAAAGAUUGAGAAGCCUCCAAAAGUAGAUCAAAGUUGUAUAUGGUAAACUCGCUGUGUUAUGUAUUGUCUGCUCAAUAAAAAUGAUAGAUGUUAAAACCCCACUGUUAAAUUAGCUUCCAGGGUAGUCCACUGGGCUUUGGCUUUUGUAUACAUUAAGUAAAUGUUUGCCGUGUAUUGACCUGUAAUCCUGGUCCUUGUGUGAUUGUAUAUAUUUUCCUUUUAAUAAGA